GUCCUAGUGUAGCCCAGUAUAACAGGUCAAUCAGGUACACAAAGGACGCUCUAGGACUGUAGGACCCAAGUAAGUCCAAGUAAAUGAUUUUACUAAAUCUGGAUUUGACAGAUUUUAAGAAAUAAUUUAAAAAUAACUUUGAAAAUACAUGCACCAGAAUGACAUUGGUAUUGGCCAUUUGUGAUUCCAAGAAAAAUGAAGAGAUUAAGGCAACUACCUGAUUAAAUGAUUAAGGGAUUCAGCAGUCUCACAUCUAAGCACAUAAAAAUAAAAGACAUUGUUAAGUGCACUUCAUAAAUUUAAAACUCCACAUAUUUAUUUGACAGAACUCCAUUCAAACAUUCCAAUAGUUUAUAGAACAUGUAUUUUGUGUUCGAAAUUAGUUUGUCAUGUAUUUUUGUUUGUUUCAAAGGAAUUUUUUUUUAUUAAUCGAGAGUUUCAAGGCUGCCCUGACACCCGCUAGGAGCAGUUAGGGUGACUGCAUCGUUUACCAAACCGUUGCACACAUGCCAGGACUUGGUUGCAGCAACGUAGUCGAGCAGAAUCAGAGUUCAACAAUGAACAAAUUAGAAGACAAAAAAUGAGUCGAUCCAUACAAGUGUUAUUGUCUUGCUAAACGGUGUGACAGAAAAGGGUUAUUGUUUUGUUAGAUGCUGUGUCGUGAUAGUGUUAUUAAUUUGCUAGACGGUGUGUUAUACUAUUUGUGUUGUCUUGCUAGACGGUGUGUCAUGAUAGUGUUAUUAAUUUGCUAGACGGUGUGUUAUACUAUUUAUGUUGUCUUGCUAGACGGUGUGUCAUGAUAGUGUUAUUAAUUUGCUAGACGGUGUGUUAUACUAUUUAUGUUGUCUUGCUAGACGGUGUGUCAUGAUAGUGUUAUUAAUUUGCUAGACGGUGUGUUAUACUAUUUAUGUUGUCUUGCUAGACGGUGUGUCAUGAUAGUGUUAUUAAUUUGCUAGACGGUGUGUUAUACUAUUUAUGAUGUCUUGCUAGAUGGUGUGUCAUAAUAUAUUUAUUGACUUGCUAGAUGGUGUGUCAUGAUAGAUUUAUUGACUUGCUAGAUGGUGUGUCAUAAUAGAUUUAUUGACUUGCUAGAUUGUGUGUCAUAAUAGAUUUAUUGACUUGCUAGAUGGUUUGUCAUAAUAGAUUUAUUGACUUGCUAGAUGGUUUGUCAUAAUAGAUUUAUUGACUUGCUAGAUGGUUUAUCAUAAUAGAUUUAUUGACUUGCUAGAUGGUUUGUCAUAAUAGAUUUAUUGACUUGCUAGAUGGUGUGUCAUAAUAGUUGUAUGACUUGCUAGAUGGUGUUUCAUAAAUUAUAUUGCUAGCUGGUGUGUGUCAUAACAGUUUCAUUGUCUUGCUAAAAGGUUUGCCAUAAUCGUUUUGGUAAUUGUGAUAUUGUGAAGACUUAGUUAGGUGCUAUUUUGAAUAGUUACAUUAUUGCCCAUUCUAAUAUAAUAAACUUAAUGAAGAACUAAAUUCCAAACUAAGAGUUUUAAAAGUUUACGAGACUAUUUGGAAGCUGCCUGAGCAAAGAAAGUGUUCAUCUGGAACUUUUGUCUCUGUGGCAAACUAAGUCUUUGCAGAUAUAAAAGCUCAGAUAUAAGUAGAAAAAUAUAAAGAAGCAAUAUAAUAUUGAGAAUUGUUAGGGUAGGUGUUAUUUUAAAGUGUUAUGUUAGGUGUUAUUGUGAAGUUUUAGGCUAGGUGUUAUUGUAAGGUGUUAAGUUAUGUGUUAUUGUGACGUUUUAAGUUAUGUGUUAUUGUGAAGUGUUAAGUUAUGUGUUAUUGUGAAGUGUUAGGUUAAGUGUUAUUGUGAAGUGUAUAGUUAGAUGUAAUUGUAAAAACGUAGGUUCAAACUAAUACACAAAUUUAGGUUUUAAAAAUGGACUGUAAUCCUGAAGGAGAUUUUUCUAUUUUUGAAGAAAAAAGUAAGAUUUUUGUAGUUGCUGUUAGAUUAAAAAAAUACGUUAUAUGUGACAUAUAAAAGUGCGUCUCUUUUUCGUCUGUUUAAUGGCUUUAUGUCCACUUCCUACCAAAGUAAAUAUGAUUACCCUAGCUGAUGGGCGAGCUAUUCUAGACAGAAGUGACGACAUACAGUUUUAAUGUAUAGUUGCCUUGAACUUCUUGAUAUUAGGACAGAGCUGAUGGACGAUCUACCCUAGCUAGAGUUGCUGGCGCUAUAGUUUUAAUGGAUAGUUGCCUUGACCUACUUGUUUAGAUGAUGUGAGGUUGGAGCUGAUGGGCGAGUUACUCGGGGAUUCUGUCGUCCGAUUGCUGCUGGGAUACAAUGAACCUGAAGAGAAACUUGAGAACAAUCUGGUGUGGUCAGUGGAGAUCUUCAAACUGUAUCUUCUGUCUUUGGCGACCUUAAUAGCCCUGUAUGUAUUAAACUGAUAGCCCUUUAUGUUCUUAACUGAUAGCCUUUUAUGUACUAAACUGAUAGCCCUGUAUGUAUUAAACUGAUAGCCCUGUAUGUGCUAAACUGAUAGCCCGGUAUGUAUUAAACUGAUAGCCUUGUAUGUGCUAAACUGAUAGCCCGGUAUGUAUUAAACUGAUAGCCCUGUAUGUGCUAAACUGAUAGCUCUCCUUGUCCUAAACUGAUAGCCCUGUUUGUACUAAACUGAUAACCCUUUAUGUAAUAAACUGAUAGCCAUGUAUGUGCUAAACUGAUAGCCAUGUCUGUGUUAUACAUAUAGACCUGUAUGUGCUAAACUGAUAGCCCGGUAUGUAUUAAACUGAUAGCCCUGUAUGUGCCAAACUGAUAGCCCGGUAUGUAUUAAACUGAUAGCCCUGUAUGUGCUAAACUGAUAGCUCUCCUUGUCCUAAACUGAUAGCCCUGUUUGUACUAAACUGAUAACCCUUUAUGUAAUAAACUGAUAGACCUGUAUGUACUAAACUGAUAGCCUAUAAUGUACUUGACUGAUCGACAUGUACUAAACUGAUAGCCUUGUAUUUACUUAUCUGAAAUACCUGUAUGCAUUAAACUGAUGGGCUGGUAUGUACUAAUCUGAAAGCCCUGUAUGUGUUAAACUAUAAACUUUAAAUACAUAGUUAGAUUAGGGUUAAGAACACAAAAUCAAAAUAUUGUAGACCAAAAGUCAUACGAGGGCUUCCUCCGCGCCUAGUGGUUGGUUGCGUCCAGCUUCUAUGUGUUGCUUGUGUCCAGCGCCUAUGUGUUGGUUGUGUCCAGCGCCUAUGUGUUGGUUGUGUCCAGCGCCUGUGUGUUGGUUGUGUCCAACGCCUAUGUGUUGGUUGUGUCUAGUACCCAAGUGUUGGUUGUGUCCAGCACCCAAGUGUUGGUUGUGUCCAGCACCCAAGUGUUGGUUGUGUCCAGCACCCAAGUGUUGGUUGUGUCCAGCGCCCAAGUGUUGGUUGUAUCCAGCGCCCAAGUGUUGGAUGUGUCCAGCGCCCAAGUGUUGGUUGUGUCCAGCGCCCGUAGAGGCACUAACCUAAACGUGUAUCACUUUAAAUCAAAAAUGAAAUAGCAAGCGUAUUUAUUUAUUUUCAAAGUUGCAGUGGUUGACUUGCGUGCGAUACUGUCAAACCAAACCAAAACAAACCAAAGCUUUCGACAUGAAAACAAAAUUAAUAUCUCAUUAAUCUCGAAAUGAUUUCAUACAAAUAAGUCCAUUAUUACGUGUUCGCCCUAUUUUACACUGUAGUUAUGCUGGUUUGAAAAAUGUUUCUUAAGAAUUCUGUUUAAAAGAGAAAUGACCAACUGGUGUACAUGUCGUCAUUGAGGAAUACAUAAGCCCUCGCUAUCUCAUGUGAUUAAAAAUUCUUUCCUAAGUAGAAAUAUUUGAGCUUAGAAAUACAAUUUAAUUCUUUUUUAAAGCAUUUUGAAGUCCGUAGAUUUAUUUUGACCACAGGUUUAUCGUCUAUGCCCAAUUCGUGAUGGUCUGUCUCUUGAAUGCCGUGCUCCCCUUGUUGCCUAAGGUCAUCCUAUGGAGGGUAAUUUUAUUUGUGAUUGUCUCUUGAAUGCCGUGCUCCCCUUGUUGCCUAAGGUCAUCCUAUGGAGGGUAAUUUUAUUUGUGAUUGUCUCUUGAAUGCCGUGCUCCCCUUGUUGCCUAAGGUCAUCCUAUGGAGGGUAAGUUUAUUUGUGAUUGUCUCUUGAAUGCCGUGCUCCCCUUGUUGCCUAAGGUCAUCCUAUGGAGGGUAAGUUUAUUUGUGAUUGUCUCUUGAAUGCCGUGCUCCCCUUGUUGCCUAAGGUCAUCCUAUGGAGGGUAAGUUUAUUUGUGAUUGUCUCUUGAAAGCCGUGCUCCUCUUGUUUCCUAAGGCCAUCCUAUGGAGGGUAAGUUUAUUUGUGAUUGUCUCUUGAAUGCCGUGCUCCCCUUGUUGCCUAAGGUCAUCCUAUGGAGGGUAAGUUUAUUUGUGAUUGUCUCUUAAAUGCCGUGCUCCCCUUGUUGCCUAAGGUCAUCCUACGGAGGGUAAUUUUAUUUGUGAUUGUCUCUUGAAUGCCGUGCUCCCCUUGUUGCCUAAGGUCAUCCUAUGGAGGGUAAGUUUAUUUGUGAUUGUCUCUUGAAUGCCGUGCUCCUCUUGUUUCCUAAGGUCAUCCUAUGGAGGGUAAGUUUAUUUGUGAUUGUCUCUUGAAUGCCGUGCUCCUCUUGUGGCCUAAGGUCAUCCUAUGGAGGGUAAGUUUAUUUGUGAUUGUCUCUUGAAUGCCGUGCUCCCCUUGUUGCCUAAGGUCAUCCUAUGGAGGGUAAGUUUAUUUGUGAUUGUCUCUUAAAUGCCGUGCUCCUCUUGUUGCCUAAGGUCAUCCUAUGGAGGGUAAGUUUAUUUGUGAUUGUCUCUUGAAUGCCGUGCUCCCCUUGUUGCCUAAGGUCAUCCAUUGAAGGAUUAGUUUCAUUUGUGCUGCUCUGUCUUGUAAAUGCUGGGCUCCUUUUGUUGCCUUAGGUCAUCCUUUGAAGGGUUAGUUUGAAUUAAUGUAUACCUUGUCCUUAUACCUGACUGACAACAAACACACUGGCCAACAAAACAGCUACAUGUUCAAAUAAACGGAUGAAGUGUCAACUUAAGGGCUGAAUUAUCAACUAAACAGCUGAAGAGUCAACUAAAUAGCUGUAAGUCCCACUAGAACAGCUGAAGUUCAAGGGCCAACUAAACAGCUAAAGGGCCAACUAAACAACUGAAGGGCCAACUAAAUAGCUGAAUGGCCACAGAAACAACUGAAGGGCCAACUAAACAACUGAAGGACCAAUUAAAUAGCUGAAUUAUCAACUAAACAGCUGUAGGGCCAACUAAACAGUUUUAAGGCUAAGUAAACAGUUGAAGUUCAAGGUAAGAAGCUGAAGGGCCAACAAAACAGCUGUAGGGCCAACUAAACAGCUGUAGUGCCAACUAAACAGAUGUAGUGCCAACUAAACAGCUGGAGGGCCAACCACAAAGCUAAUAUGCAAACUAAACAGUUGUAGUGCCAACUAAACAGCUGGAGGGCCAACCACAAAGCUAAUAUGCCAACUGAACAGUUGUAGGGCCAAGUAAAUAGCUGAAGUUCAAGGUAAACAACGGAAGGACAACUAAAUAGCCGAAUGUUUUACCAAACAGCUGAAGUUCAAGGUAAACAGCUGAAGGGCCAACUAAAUAGCGGAAGGGCCAACUAAAUGGCUGAAAUCCCAAAUAAACUGGUGCAGGGCCGACUAAACAGCUGACGUACCAACUUAACAGCAGAACGUGCAUGCUGUAAAAGAAAUCCUCCAAUCUCUACCAACACAUUGAAGCAUCGAAUGCAGGCUUAACCAAUUAGAGAGCGUAAGGGCGACUUAUGUUUCCAACUGGCUUCAUUCGCAUCAUUUUGGCAGUGGUUCUUAAAAUAAAAAAAAACAACUGAUGAACCUCAGCUGAUAAACAAUUUAGUACAUUUUAAUUUAAGAACCACUGCCCUAUUGUAUAUGCAAGAACAAAUGCUCUAUGGUAUAGACAGGAACCACUGCCCUAUUGUAUAUGCAAGAACAACUGCUCUAUGUUUAUACAAGAACCACUGCUCUAUGGUAUAGACAAGAACCACUGCUCUAUAGUAUAGACAAGAACCACUGCUCUAUGUUUAGACAAGAACCACUGCUCUAUGGUAUAGACAAGAACCACUGCUCUAUGUUUAGACAAGAACCACUGCUCUAUAGUAUAGAAAAGAACCACUGCUCUAUGUUUAGACAAGAACCACUGCUCUAUGUUUAGACAAGAACCACUGCUCUAUGGUGUAGACAAGAGCGACUGCUCUAUAGUAUAGACAAGAACCACUGCUCUAUAGUAUAGCAAGAACCACUGGUCUAUUGUAUAUGCAAGAAACACUGCUCUAUGGUAUAGACAAGAACCACUGCCCUAUUGUAUAUGCAAGAAACACUGCUCUAUGGUAUAGACAAGAACCACUGCCCUAUUGUAUAAUAAUAUAUAAGAAACACUGCUCUAUGUUUAGACAAGAACCACUGCUCUAUGGUAUAGACAAGAACCACUGCUCUAUAGUAUAGACAAGAACCACUGCUCUAUGUUUAGACAAGAAACACUGCCCUAUGUUUAGACAAGAACCACUGAUCUAUGGUAUAGACAAGAACCACUGCUCUAUAUUAUAGACAAGAACCACUGCUCUAUGGUGUAGACAAGAACCACUGCUCUAUGGUAUAGACAAGAACCACUGCUCUAUAGUAUAGACAAGAACAACUGCUCCAUGUUUAGACAAGAACCACUGCUCUAUGGUGUAGACAAGAACCAAUACUCUAUGGUAUAGACAAGAACCACUGCUCUAUGUUUAGACAAGAACCACUGCACUAUGUUUAGACAAGAACCACUGCUCUAUGGUGUAGACAAGAACGACUGCUCUAUGGUAUAGACAAGAACCACUGCUCUAUGUUUAGACAAGAACCACUGCUCUAUGGUAUAGACAAGAACCACUGCUCUAUGGUAUAGACAAGAACCACUGCUCUAUAGUAUAGACAAGAACCACUGCUCUAUGUUUAGACAAGAACCACUGCUCUAUGGUGUAGACAAGAACGACUGCUCUAUGGUAUAGACAAGAAAUACUGCUCUAUGGUAUAGACAAGAACCACUGCUCUAUAGUAUAGACAAGAACCACUGCUCUAUGGUAUAGACAAGAACCACUGCUGUAUGGUAUAGUCAAGAACCACUGCUCCAUGUUAUAGACAAGAACCACUGCUCUAUGGUAUAGACAAGAACCACUGCUCUAUAGUAUAGACAAGAACCACUGCUCUAUGGUAUAGACAAUACCACUGCUCUAUAGUAUAGACAAGAACCACUGCUCUAUGUUUAGACAAGAACCACUGCUCUAUGGUAUAGACAAGAACCACUGCUCUAUGGUAUAGACAAGAACCACUGCUCUAUGGUAUAGACAAGAACCACUGCACUAUGGUGUAGACAAGAACCACUGCUCUAUGGUGUAGACAAGAACCACUGCUCUAUGUUUAGACAAGAACCACUGCACUAUGGUGUAGACAAGAACCACUGCUCUAUGUUUAGACAAGAACCACUGCACUAUGGUGUAGACAAGAACCACUGCUCUAUAGUAUAGACAAGAACCACUGCUCUAUAGUAUAGACAAGAACCACUGCACUAUGUUUAGACAAGAACCACUGCUCUAUGGUGUAGACAAGAACGACUGCUCUAUGGUAUAGACAAGAACCACUGCUCUAUGUUUAGGCAAGAACCACUGCACUAUGGUGUAGACAAGAACCACUGCUCUAUAGUAUAGACAAGAACCACUGCUCUAUAGUAUAGACAAGAACCACUGCACUAUGUUUAGACAAGAACCACUGCUCUAUGGUGUAGACAAGAACGACUGCUCUAUGGUAUAGACAAGAACCACUGCUCUAUAGUAUAGACAAGAACCACUGCUCUAUAAUUCCCUUAUCUAUUGACAGCCAAAGUUUGUUUAUUCCCCUAAUCUUUUGACAGCCAAAGUUUGUUUAUUCCUCUAAUCUAUUGACAGCCAAAGUUUGUUUAUUCCUCUAAUCUAUUGACAGCCAAAGUUUGUUUAUUCCUCUAAUCUAUUGACAGCCAAAGUUUGUUUAUUCCCCUACUCUAUUUACAGCUUUAGUGUUUUUUUAUUCCCCUAAUCUUUUGACAGUCAAAGUUUUUAUUCUCCUAAUCAUUUGACAGCCAAAGUUUUUAUUCCCCUAAUCUUUUGACAGCCAAAGUUUUUAUUCCCCUAAUCUUUUGACAGCAAAAGUUCUUAUUCCCCUAAUCUUUUGACAGCGAAAGUUUGUUUAUUCCACUAAUCUAUUGACAGCCAAAGUUUUUAUUCCCAUAAUCUAUUGACAGCCAAAGUUGGUCGCCGGGAAACAGAUUCUGCCAUGGAAGUCAUUGGGAUUACGUGAGUAGACAAAUAUAGAUUAUUAUUGAUUUGUUUAUAUGAGUUUAGAUUUCUUGAUGCAGUGGUGUCAUCCAUUGCAUUUCACUCAUUGUUUUCACCCAUAGGACUUUCACAUGAUAAUUCUCCGAAUCUCCAUUGUAUGAUGGCUCCAUGCACUGCUAGCAACCUGCAAUGUUGAUACCCUGUACUGCUGGCACGCUACACUGUUGGCUCCCUGCUCUGUUGACACCCUGCAGUGUUGGCACCCAGUACUGUUAAAACCCUGCACUGUUGGCACCCAGCACUGUUAGAACCCUGCACUGUUAGCACCCAGCACUGUUCGCACCCAGCACUGUUGGCUCCUUGCACUGUUGGCACCCAGCACUGUUAGAACCCUGCACUGUUGGAAUCUGUACUGCUGGCACGCUACACUGUUGGCUCCCUGCUCUGUUGACACCCUGCAGUGUUGGCACCCAGUACUGUUAAAACCCUGCACUGUUGGCACCCAGCACUGUUAGCACCCUGCACUGUUAGCACCCAGCACUGUUCGCACCCAGCACUGUUGGCUCCUUGCACUGUUGGCACCCAGCACUGUUAGCACCCUGCACUGUUGGAACCCAGCACUGUUGGCACCCUGCACCGUUCGCACCCAGCACUGUUAGAACCCUGAACUGUUGGCACCCUGCACUGUUGGCACCUAGCACUGUUAGCAUUCAGCACUGUUGGCCCCCAACACCCAGCACUGUUGGCACCCUGCACUGUUGGCACUCUGGACUGUUGACACCUAGCACUGUUGGCACUUAGCACUGUUGGCAUCCUGCACUGUUGGCACCCUGCACUGUUGGCACUUGGCACUGUUGGCACUGUUGACACUCGGCACUGUUGGCACCUGGCACUGUUAGCACCCUGCACUGUUAACACUCUGCGCUGUUAGCCCCCAGCACUGUUGACACCUAUCACUGUUGGCACUCUGCAUUAAAAAUGACCUUUCUAAUAUUAUUGUGAAUAUAAAAAGUAAAUGACUCUCAUGAUUUUACUGUAAAUAUGAAAAGUAACUGAUCAUUAUUGAACUGUAAAAGAUGAAAAGUUACUAAGCCUAAAAAAUACUCUUGAUAUGAAAAGUUACUAACCCUGACGAUACUUUUACAUGAAAAGUUACUAACCCUGACGAUACUGUUAAUUUGAAAAGUUACUAACCCCGACGAUACUGUUAAUAUGAAAAGCUACUAACCAUGUUUCUAUAAGCUUGCAUUCUGAGCAGUGCUCAAUAAAGGCCUGCAUGUUUCUAUAAGCUUGCAUUCUGAGCAGUGCUCAAUAAAGGCCUGCAUGUUUCUAUAAGCUUGCAUUCUGAGCAGUGCUCAAUAAAGGCCUGCAUGUUUCUAUAAGCUUGCAUUCUGAGCAGUGCUCAAUAAAGGCCUGCAUGUUUCUAUAAGCUUGCAUUCUGAGCAGUGCUCAAUAAAGGCCUGCAUGUUUCUAUAAGCUUGCAUUCUGAGCAGGGCUCAAUAAGGGCCUGCAUGUUUCUAUAAGCUUGCAUUCUGAGCAGAGCUCAAUAAAGGCCUGCAUGUUUCUAUAAGCUUGCAUUCUGAGCAGUGCUCAAUAAGGGCCUGCAUGUUUCUAUAAGCUUGCAUUCUGAGCAGUGCUCAUAAAGGCCUGCAUGUUUCUAUAAGCUUGCAUUCUGAGCAGUGCUCAUAAAGGCCUGCAUGUUUCUAUAAGCUUGCAUUCUGAGCAGUGCUCAAUAAAGGCCUGCAUGUUUCUAUAAGCUUGCAUUCUGAGCAGUGCUCAAUAAGGGCCAGCAUGUUUCUAUAAGCUUGCAUUCUGAGCAGUGCUCAAUAAAGGCCUGCAUGUUUCUAUAAGCUUGCAUUCUGAGCAGUGCUCAAUAAGGGCCUGCAUGUUUCUAUAAGCUUGCAUUCUGAGCAGUGCUCAAUAAAGGCCUGCAUGUUUCUAUAAGCUUGCAUUCUGAGCAGUGCUCAAUAAGGGCCUGCAUAUUCUAUAAGCUUGCAUUCUGAGCAGUGCUCAAUAAAGGCCUGCAUGUUUCUAUAAGCUUGCAUUAGUUGAAAAGUUGAUUUAUUCUGUUUUCCAUUUUAGGUUUCAAUUUGUAAAUCUUACUUGCGUCAAAUUUUUUUUUUUAUUUUGCAGCCGGACAUUUGGAAGAAAAAAAUACAGCUAGUGGCUACCUGGAAGAUAGGUAGGUAUAAGACGCUAUAGAUUAGUUUUACCUGGCAGACAAGUAGGUUUAAGAUGAUAUAGAUUAGUUUUACCUGGCAGAUAGGUGGGUUUAAGAUGCUAUUUGACUUGGUACUUGGGGACGUAGAAAAUUUUGACUUGGUACUUGGGGAGGUAGAAAAUUUUGACUUGGUACUUAGGGAGGUAGAAAAUUUUCACUUGGUACUUGUAGAGGUAGAAAAUUUUGACUUGGUACUUGGGGAGGUAGAAAAUUUUGACUUGGUACUCUGGGAGGUAGGAAAUUUUGACUUUGUUCUUGGGGAGGUAGAAAAUUUUGACUUGGUACUUAGGGAGGUAGAAAAUUUUGACUUGGUGCUUGGGGAGGUAGAAAAUUUUGACUUGGUGCUUAGGGAGGUAGAAAAUUUUGACUUGGUGCUUGGGGAGGUAGAAAAUUGUGUAUCCUCGCGAGGCAAAAUGGGUUAUUUGAAAUUUUCAAAUACAAUGUGUAGUUUCAUCAUCAUAAUAGGCAUUUGUCAGAAAGGGACGUAACCCGGUAAUUUGAAAACGUUAUAUCCAACUAUAUCGACAGAGAAGACGAUUCCAAUGAGUUGGAAUUGUCAAGCUUGGCCGGUCGUAGAAAGUUGAAGCGGUCACACAAGAAAGGAGACCACGCCUAUGUUAAACGGUAACUCACAUUGAUUUGUAUCAUUUUAAACAUUAAGCCGAAUUCUUGGCUUGAAUUUCCUACUCAAUGGCGGGCUCUUCAAACAUCUUGAAAUAGAUCACUAAACAUUUGAGCGUAAACCAUGAAAAGUAAAAAUUACACUUUUUUUUUUUCUCAUGCUAGUUUAGCAAGUAACCUAAUAGAAAUAAGAAUAAAUGACAUUGCCAAAAAAAAAAAUUGAGGUCAUAUGAUUUGGAACAACACACAUAAAGGUCCCAUGAUUUUAAACUACAGAUAUAAAGGUCCCAUGAUUCUGAACAACACAUAUAAAGGUCACAUGAUUCUGAGCAAGACAUAAUAAAGGUCCCAUGAUUUUGAACAACACAUACAAAGAUCCCAUGACUAGGAACAACACAUAUAAAGAUCCCAAGAUUCGGAACAACACAUAAAAAGAUCCUAUGAUUCGGAACAACACAUAUAAAGGUCCCAUGAUUCGGAACAACACAUAUAAAGGUCCCAUGAUUCGGAACAACACAUAAAAAGAUCCCAUGAUUCGGAACAACACAUAAAAAGAUCCCAUGAUUCGGAACAACACAUAAAAAGAUCCCAUGAUUCGGAACAACACAUAUAAAGGUCCCAUGAUUCGGAACAACACAUAAAAAGAUCCCAUGAUUCUAAACAACACAUAUAAACGUCCAUUGAUUCUAAACAACACAUAUAAAGGUCCCAUGAUUCUAACCAAAACAUAUUUUAAAAAUAAGUCUGACAUUUCGAAUCCAGAUGGAUCUGAGAUGUAUAUUUUCAGGACGGCCAUCUUCCACUGAUGACGCUGCUUUGUAUAUAAGGGCCUCCAGAUUCCCUCCCUUGAAUAACAUAUUUUUAAAAAAUUAAUCUCAGAGAAUGGCACCCCUCUAGUUACUUCUCACAUCAUUUUUUAUUUUGCUCGUGUUAUGGAGACACAAUGUGUCAUAGCUAUAUCAUACCUCCCUCUAUUACAAAAUGACUCAUUGUCACAUUGACCCCCACCCCCCACACCCCUUACGUUUAUCGAACAGACAGUCCGUCGAGUCCAAGUUGGUCAAGCGAAAUGCCAAACCGUCCCACAGGCCGUCCCAACGUGACUACCCGGAAACGGACAGCACCUCGCUGACGCUAUCACACACGUCCGUCACAAUGUCUCAGUACCACUUGUGGAAGAACAGACCGGGUUUACCGGAGAUGAACGAAGCUGGAGGGCGGUUACCGGAGAUGAGCGAAGCUGGAUUUGGCGAAUAUUCGUGGGCAGAGAACAACGUGAAUGGCAGCAGCAAGCUGUCGUCUGCCUUAUUUCAGCCUCACCACACCCUUGCCGUCCAACGGGAUCCUGGCAUCUGUGACCUAGUUAAACAAGGGCCAUUCGUUGAGUGUCCUGGCAUCUGUGACCUAGAUAACCAAGGGUCACCCACGGAGGGUCCAUUUCGAAUAUCCGUAGAUGAGGCCGUUGUCGAUUUACUGUCAGGAGAUUUACAGCUCAUUCGCGAAAAAUACCUGGCUAAACAAACAGUUCCAUUUGAAUUGCCAUCAGCCGAAACUUUUGAUUACCCCAGGGAAAUUUCUCUAGAAGUUUAGAUACUGGUGAUGUGUCUAAACAUUUUGUAGAGGGAAAAGAUCUUUCUUAACGUUCAAAACAGGGAUAAGAUCUAAUUAAACAUUCUGUACAGACAUAAGAUCUAUUUAAACGUUCUGUACAGAGAUAAGAUCUAUUUAAACAUUCUGUACAGAGAUAGGAUCUGAAAGUGUUUGUGACGAGAAGGUUCAAGAAAAUAAAUGUACAUUGUAUAUUAAGUAAU